UGGCAGAUGAAAUCCCGUGGGCAUGUUUUGUAAGAGCUCUCACCGCCUUCACCCACUGCAGCAAUGCUGUACUCACAUUGUUCACUCUCUCAUUCCCUUUUCUUUCAGAAUAUGCAUCCAUAAACUCCAUGCUGGACCAGAUCAACUCUUGCUUGGAUCACCUGGAGGAGAAGAAUGAUUAUCUGCAUGCCUGCUUGAAAGAACUGCUGGAGUCCAACCGCCAGACCCGCCUGGAGUUCCAGCAGCAGAGUGAGCAGCAGCACGUGGGAGCUGACGUGCAGGGAUCACAGCCACCCACCUAG